AGGGCCGCACAAAUGUCAAACGACUUCACUUGACGCGAGAUGGAUUCUCUCUCUUUGAUUCAUUAUGCGAAGCGCCGAUAGUAUAUUUUAGAAUUAAUUUGCUGUCUUCUGUGGUGUUUCACAGCCCUCGUAACACAACAAUGGAGUCCAACAUUAAGGAGAUAAUAGAGGAAUUCAUGGAAAGUGCGUUGGCGCAGUGGAUUCAGCUGUUUGAGAACAUGGUGGAGAGUGAGGACGGUGUCCCGCUCUACAGUCAGUACAUGGAGGUCAACUCUGUCUCCAAGAGUGCCCGAGAACGCUACCUGAGGCUGACCAAUGGCGUUUUCCUCAAUGAGGUCAUGAGGUUCAUAGACCCGAACCCCAAGGUGGAGCGGCUUUUCGACAGCGAGAGAGAUGACCACAUGCUCAGAGUCCAGAACUUUUCUAUUUUAAAUCGACACCUCCGAGCCUUCUACCAGGAAGACCUGCAGCAGUUGAUACUGAUGCCUCUCCCCAAUGUUGCCAUUCUGGGGCAGGACCCCCUAACAGAGGCAGCCGUGGAGGAGCUCAGGCGACUGCUGCUGCUUUUACUAGGAUGUGCAGUGCAGUGUGAAAAGAAGGAAACAUUUAUUCAGCAAAUCCAGUCUCUGGACAUUGAGACGCAGGCAGCCAUUGCCAGCUGUAUUCAGCAAGUGACUCAGGAUCCUCGCAUGGUGCUGCCGCUUCAGUGGGAGGAGCUGGUGGAAGAUGAAGGUGCAGACUUACAGCUGGUGUUUAGCUCCAUGGCCAAACAGAUCCAAAGCCUGCUGGCACACAGAGACACACAUCUGGAGAGGAUAGCAGAGCUCUGUCGGGAGCGAGAAACCCAGGCUGAUUCAAACAUGGUGUCCCUGGGUGGCCACAGCGAGGAGCCGCCCCAAGGUCUGGCGCUCCAGCUGGCAGACAGCAAGGCCAAACUCCGGCGCCUAAAACAGCAACUGGAGGAUAAAGGUGAUCAGAUUUUGGAUUACAAGCAGGAGAUUGAAACCAUGGAGGAGCAGCUCAGGAAGCUUCAGAAAGAGAACCGUUCUCUGCAGGGUGAGGUGAGGGGCAUGCGUGCACUGCGGGAUGAGCUGGACUGCGCCCGAGAGCGAGCUGCACGGUCUGAACAGCUCCAGACUGAGCUUCAGAGCUGUAAACACAGAUUGCGCAGCCUGGAGCUGACACGCACUCAGCUGAAGGAGCAGCAGCAGCUGUGUGCGGCGUUGCAGGAGACUAAAACUCUUCUAGAGGAACAGCUGGCGGAUGCUCGAGCCCGCUGCUCCUCGCUACGGGAGCUGGAGAGAGACAAUCUUCUGCUGCGUCAGAGAAUCAUGGACGUGGAAGCGGAGCGGGACACUGAGAGGCAGCGAGUUGAUGAGCUGCUGGAGAUGAACAUGAGCCUCGAGGCGGACCUGAGGCACAGCAGCAGCACAGGCAGCGCUCCCGCUCCAGUUGUUGCAAUUCACCACCGUUUCCUCCAAUCAGAGCUGGACUCCGACGAGGAGCUGAGCGAACUGAUUGACCAGAAGCCACUGAGCGUUGAAGUGGGCGAGGCUUCGACGCUGAGGCUGCUGGGAGCCGAGCAGGAGAAUGCAGAGCUGAGGAGACGACUGGAGGAGCUGCAGGCCCAGCAGGAGGUCAGAGUUCAGCGGCUGAAGGCUGAUUCUCCAGAUGCAAAGGACGAGCUGGCUGGAUUGGAGGUGGAACAUCAGAACACACUCAGGGAGUUACAAAACUUGAAGAAUGAAAAUGUCACUUUGAAGCAGCGCCUGGAACAGCUGGUGAUCAAACUGCAACACCUAGAAGACAAGAGGAAGGAGGAAAAUGUGAAGAAACUAGACAGAGAGGAGGAUGAGAAGGUGGUGAGAGGAGUCCAGGGUUCUGAAUCCUGCAGGGGAGAGGGGGAAGGAAGGGUGAGGAUGAUAGAGGAGAGGGAGAAAAGAGGAGAAAUCAUUGGGACACAGCGGGAAGCAGGGGUUGGUGAGGAAAUCCUCCAUGUUCUUGGGCGAAAAGAUGAAGCAUGUGAUGAGGAGAUCCAGACCAAGAGGAGGGGAGAGGCAGAGGGAGGGCAGAAAGAAAGGGAGAAACAGGAGAAAGUGAGUGAGUCAAAGAAAGACCAGACUGCAGCAAUAACAAGUUCAGAGAUCCAAAUAGAAGAUAGGACCACACCUUCACACCCGGCUGUAGGUUCCCUGUCUGGUCCUGACGUGGAGCUUCUGACAAAACAGCUCCAGGAGGCCCAGGAAGAGGCUGACAGACAGGUGACGGUGGCCCAGGACCUGAGAUCCAAGCUGGGAGAGCAGAGCAGGAAAACCUGGGAGGCUGAGCAGAGACUGGUGCUGCUGGAGGCCGAACUGCAGCGUCUGAAGAAAGCAGCAGAGAGUCUGGUGGAAGCUCGCAGGCAGAUAGAGGUCCUUCAGUCUGAGGGUCUGGUCAUGGAGGAGGAGUUGUGCCGCCUGCGGAGCCAAGCGGAGCUUCACAGGAUGCAGACGACGGUCAUCGCCACCCUGGAGGGAGAGCGAGCUGCACUGGAGAGAGACCGGGACGCUCUACGCAGCAGCGUGGACGCCCUGCGAUCCGCCCAGCGCAAGGGUGACCAGCUGGAGCUCACCACUCAGACUCUCAGAGCAGAGCUGGAACGUCAGGGCCGCAGCCUGGAGACUUCACGGCGUCGGGAGGAGGAACUGGAGGCGGAGCUCCGCGAGGCCGCCCUGGAGGCCGAAGCUCUGGCCAGGGCACGAGACCAGGCGCUGCUGGAGGCGUCGCGGCUCGAACAGGAGAAAGAGGUGUGUCAGUCAGAGCUGGACGGCCACCGGAAGGAGGGAAGGCAGAGAGAGAGGGAGGCGGCGAGACUGAGGCAGCAGCUGGAGAGCACGACCCUGGCCCUGGAGCACAGCAACCAGAGAACCCGUGCUCUGGACGCCGAACACAGGCGUGUGUGUCAGCAGCUGUCUGAGUCUAAGGAGCUUUGCACUCGGCUGCAGGACCUGGAGAAAGAGCUCAGCACUCAAUUAAGCAGCGUGGAGGAGGGCAAACAGCAGCUGCAGGAGCAGUAUGUAGAAGUUCAAGCCAAGAUUAGCUCACUGUCCCAGGAUCUAACCAAUGAGCAGGAACGCUCUCAGAAAUUGGCCUCCGAAGUCGAACACCAGAACCGUAAACUACAAAGAGCCGAAGCCGAACUAAAAGUGGCGACAGAUUCUCUCAGCGUGUCUCAGGAGAGAAUAGAAUCAAUUUCCCAGUGCCUUAAGAAAAGCGAAUCUCUUCUCCAGUUGGAAAAGAGAAGAGGAAGUGCGGAGUUGAGCGCUACGUCUCAUUCAAAUUCAGAAUCGUCGCUCACACAGGAGACGUCACCUCUGGAUCAAAACCCUGAAGCUGGCAAAGGUCGUGACCUUUUCAACACGCACGAUCAAACCACAGGAGAAGCAGAGAGGCAGCUGAGGGAGAGAGUGACAGAGCUGGAAAAAGAGAAAGCAGCGGUGGUUGCAGGACAAGAGGCUUUGCUGACACGGUUGUCUCAGUCCCAGGAGGCCUGUGAGCACCUUAAGGAGCAGCUGGAGGCUCUGCGGCGACACUCGCUCAGCCUGCAGGACUCCUGCACCAGACUACAGACACUCAACACCCAGCUACAGGUGGAGCAAGCAGCCCUGAGUUCCCAGCAUGCAGCGGUGUUGGCGCGCUGCAGCGACAGCGAGGCCCGGUGUGCUGCCCUGGAGGCCGAGUCCAAGGUGUGGGCGAGGGAGCGGGAGGAGUCGGUGGCCCGGAUGGAGGCUCUGAGGCGAGACCACGAGAGGAUGACGGCGUUGCAGCAGCGGCAGGAGGUGGAGCUGGAAGAGCUGCUGGACAAACACUCCCAACUACGCAGUAACAACCGCAGCCUGGAGGCCCAGCACAGGGAGCUGGAGGGCAGGUACAAGGAGCUGUUAGAUGGUAAAACCCGGCUGGAAGAGAGAGAGCAGGAGAUGAAGAUGGAGAGAGAGAAGAUGGAGGCAGAGGCCCAGAGGAGGCUGGAGAGAGAGCGAGAGCUGGAGAAGCUGAAAGAAGACAACGAGAGGCUGCAGGCCCAGCAGAAGGAGUGGUUGGCGUCGCAGGCCGAGCUGCUGGCUCAGGGCUCCGUGUUGAGGGCAGAGCUGAGCGCAUCCCAGCUGGAGAGGACUCGGCUGGAGGGGGAGCUGAGCGGCCUGAGGGAAACCAACCAGAGCCUGGACCUCAGCAGCGCCCGCCUCACCAGCCAGUACCAGCUGUUGACCCAGCUGAAGGGGAACAUGGAGGAGGAGAACCGGCACUUAGUGGAGCAGAACCAGAGUCUGCUGAAGGAGAACCGGGCCUUACUGGAGCAGAGCCUGGAGCGCCGUGACCAGCACUAUUCACAGCAAAAGGAGUACCAGGAGAAGCUGAGCGAGCUCCGGCGGGAGAAGCAGAAGUUGGUGGAGAAGAUAAUGGAUCAGUACAGAGUCCUCGAACCCAGCAUGCAGCCUCCAAGUAGCAAGGCCAAGAAAUCUAACUGGAUUGCAGACAGGAUGAAGAAGCUAAUCAAACCCCGGGGAGGAGGAAGAGAGGGACGCGCCCUCUUCACCGCCGCGGGCAGCGUGGAAAACUUGGCCGACAGCACUGAAUUUACAUCAGACACACACACACCUCAGCCUGACCCCCGCAGUGCUCCAGUGUCUCCUUCUCCCUUGAGAAAAGCUCCGUCAUCCCAGACGGAGCCGGACAUCUCGCUCCCAGGAACCCCCGCCACACGCUCCGGCUCCGGGGGCCGUCGUAAGCUGGGAUCCCGUCAUGGGUGGGGGCUGGGUUUGGCCAGAGGAGGCUCUGGAGUUUCCCAGUCCUUUAGUCCCGGCGACCAGAAAACAUAUCCACUGUUGAGGCUACGUUCCAGCCAGAACAACUCGACUGUCCUCUGGGAGGGAGAGAGAAGUGAAAGAAGUGCACCUCAGGAGGCAGAAGCACCGGUGAGCAGUCCGGAGGGUGCUGAGGAGGACGAAGGCAGAGACAAUCAACACUCCAGUGACGACACCGUGACGACUCGAGACACAACAGACUCACACCAGCUGAAUUAAAACCAAAGGUUUUAUAUUAUUUUCUCCCACUGAACUGUUCUUAUGCAUCUUCUUUUAUGUCUGAAUAUUUUAAACAUGAGAUCCUUCUAGUGUUUUUGAAUAUAUGAAUAAAUAAAAAAUUCUUCAAUCCAUGA